AUGACAAUAUUGAGCGGUGACUGUUUUUUCUCAACAUUCAAAAAAGUGCCUUCUUGUUGUCCCACAAAAGUCUAUAAUUUUGUAACCUUAUUAUAUACACACGCAUCUCUUCCUCUUCACUUUACCCUUAAACCAGUUUUUCCUCCACCCAAAAAUAAACAAACACUGAAAAGGAAGAGCCAAGUUGUCAUCAACUUGGUUUUAGUACUCAUCGGAGUUUUCUUCUGCAUAGAAGCUGAGACAAUCAAAGAAGAUAAACACACUCUUCUUCAAUUCGUUAGCAACAUUAGUCACUCCCAUUCACUCAACUGGUCACCAACUCUUUCUAUAUGCACCAAAUGGACCGGUGUUCAAUGUGACUCCCAUAAUUCCAGUGUCAUCGGUCUUUAUUUAGCAGCCACGGAUCUUCGUGGGCAUCUCGAGCUAAGCACCAUAGCCAGGUUAACUAAUCUUCGGUUUCUCAGUCUCAGUUCUAACAACAUCUCUGGACCUUUCCCUUCAAGUUUACAGGCUUUGAAGAACUUGACCGAGCUUAGACUAGAUCUCAACGAGUUUUCUGGUCCUCUGCCUUCUGAUUUCUCUUCUUGGGAGCAUUUACGAGUUCUUGAUCUCUCUCAUAAUCGGUUUAACGGUAGUAUCCCAUCUUCGUUUGAGAAGCUAACCCAGUUACACUCUCUGAAUCUUUCGAGUAACAAGUUCUCGGGUGAGAUUCCGAAUCUACAUAUUCCGGGUCUGAAGCUGCUGAACAUAGCUCACAACAAUCUGACAGGAACCGUACCCAAGUCACUGCAGAGAUUCCCACUCUCAGCAUUCGUCGGAAACAAUCUGGCUCACGUUCCUUCAUCAUCAUUAAGGAGACAAACGAAACACCACCACAAUCAUAUAGUUCUUGGCGUAGCAUUAAGCACGUGCUUUGCGCUCCUAUCUUUGGUUGCCAUCUUAUUGGUGAUCAUCCGUAACAGAGAAAUGCAAAGAAGAUCUACAGAGGACAAGCCUAGCAAGAGGAGGAAAGAUUCAGAUCCAAACCUGGGUGGAGGAGAUAACAAGAUUGUGUUUUUCCAAGGCAAGAAUCUUGUCUUUGAUCUAGAAGACUUGUUGAGAGCUUCAGCUGAAGUUCUAGGGAAGGGGCCAUUUGGGACAACCUACAAGGUUGAUCUCGAGGACUCGACGACCAUCGUUGUGAAAAGGAUCAAGGAAGUGUGUGUGCCUCAGAGAGAAUUCGAACAGCAAAUCGAACAUCUUGGCAACAUCAAGCAUGAGAAUGUUGCCACUUUGAGAGGAUACUUCUACUCCAAGGAUGAGAAGCUCGUGGUUUAUGAUUACUGCGAACACGGAAGUCUUUCAAGUUUAUUACACGGUCAGAGAUGUGAUUGGGAAACUAGAUUGAAAAUGGUGUAUGGAACAGCAAAAGGAGUAGCUCAUAUCCACUCACAAAGCGGAGGAGGCAGACUAGUCCAUGGGAACAUAAAGUCCUCAAAUGUUUUCCUCAAUGCGAAAGGAUAUGGGAGCAUCUCUGGAGCAGGAAUGGCCACGCUGAUGCAUUCGUUACCCCGAAAUGCGUUUGGGUAUCGUGCACCAGAGAUAACAGACACAAGAAAGGGGACUCAGCCAUCGGACGUGUAUAGUUUUGGUGUCUUGAUAUUUGAAGUACUGAUAGGAAAAUCAGAAGUGGGAAACCUGGUGAGGUGGGUGAACUCGGUGGUUAGGGAGGAAUGGACGGGAGAGGUGUUUGAUGAAGAGCUUAUGAGGUGUACUCAAGUAGAGGAAGAGAUGGUGGUGAUGCUUCAGAUUGGUAUGGUCUGCACAGCGAAGUUACCAGAAAAGAGACCAAAUAUGAAUGAGGUAGUGAGAAUGGUGGAAGAGAUAAGACCGGAGAAGCUAGUAAGUGGAAACAGAUCAGAGGUUUCCACAGGCUCAACUCCGAUAGGAAGUGUAUCAGGAUCACCAUAUAUACUGUGAGAAAGACUAGUUAUCUUUCCUUUUAAUGUAUUUGACCAUUCAGAAAAGGGUUUUAGAGUAUUUAAGUUCAGUCUAUGAAGAGGCAUAAAGCUACCUAGCUUAAUCAAAAAAGACCUUAUUGAUC